AUGUCUGACCACGCCUUAGAUAUCGUUUGCGCCCCCCAUCAUCUUUUCCUCAUCGCUAACCUCGUCAAUCACAUAGAGCAGGUUGACCGCAAACACGAGCGGACCUGGCUGGAGCAUGUCAUUGCCACCAAUGACAGCCACGCCGCCUCUCCUAUUCCCCCCACCCCGCCUCUGCCCGCCCCGGAAUGGGGGAACCUGGCCGACGUCUCCGGAUGGGGUGACCCCAACAUCAACUGGCGCAACACCAACUGGGGGGACGUCCCUAUGAACGAGGCCGACAUAGAGUGGGCCUCCCCUGUGGAGCGUCCGCGUCACUCCCCUCCGCCCCGCGACUCCCCCUCACCAACACCGCAGCACCUCCGCCCGAUGCCUGACCACCUCCGCUUCGGCGCACCCCCUCCGACCCGUACGCGCCCCUCUCCCCGUUCCCCCAGCCCCACCCCCCACUCCCUGAGCCCCGCCAACGAGAACGCACCCCCGAUCGCCGUGGUUGUCGACCCCGCGUCGCCUCUGGAGUGGCCGGCCUCGGCCGUCCAUAUGGUCCUUGGCACCAUCAGCGGAGGCGACCUCACCGACGCCACCGACCCCGACGCCCUGUCCGCGCCCCCUGCCCCUCCGACCCCGCCGCUCCGCCAACCCAGGCCCCGCACCCCCCCGUACCCCGCCCCCGCCCUGGGCCCCACCACAGUCCACUGGCGGACGCCCCUCCUGGGCCACCCAGCAUACGGAGGGGCCCUCCUCUACGACAAGCGACUCCUGGACGGCUGGCAGAUCGGACCGGAAGAACCCCGUCAUGUCCAACUCCCGAGCUACGCCUGGGACGAGCGGUGGGAGCAAAUCCCUGGCGUCGACAACACCUACCUCAUCGGCGUCUUGGGCGACAACCUUCACCCCAGUGGACGGUUCACGGAGACUCAGUACCUGGGGUUCCUUUGGGCGAUGAUCCAGGCACGCGACCCCGCCGCCCGCGUCACCGACCACGACGUAUGGAGAGAAGCGGCCGACAACCUCGUCGAUGCGUACAAUGUCCGCAACAUCCCCGUCUCGGUCUGUCACAUGUGGGGGAACUUCUAUGACGAUGAGAUCCUCGACGUCUUCGGUUACGGUGACUCCCCUCCACCCACCCCUGCCACAUCCGCCACACCCGUCGAGGAGGUCCUCCGUUCGCGCAGCCCCUCCCCCGUAUCCCCGCACGCUGUCGUCCACGACAUCCCUGCUGACGCUAUCCCCGCCCCUUUCCGCCCCGAGCGCCCCGCCCCUGCUAACCCUUUGUCCCGUUCCCCAUCGCCCCCCGCCGCCUCCUCAACCAUCGCAUCGUCGCCGUCCCGCGCCAUUACCUUCAUCUCUGGGGGCUACUUCAACCCUGCCAAUCCUGGCUUGGACAUCGGCCUCUGGUACCCGCCAGCGCCCUCGUCGCCGCUCACAGAGCCGGACUUGGAGUUGAACGAUCGGGACAAUCAUGCUUAG